AUGAAGGUUUUUGAAUGGAUGCAAAAGAAGCUCAAUGGGAGCAGUGAAAAAAAGAACCCAAGUAGCUCAAUUUCAACCAACUAUUACAUCCUGCAUGAACCUUGCAAUCAAGAGUUCAGUGACUGGCCUCAAGCGCUCCUUGCAAUUGGAACAUUUGGUAAUAACAACUUGAAAGAAGAUUCUGGUGGAAGGAGUAACAAAACUGCAGAGGAUUCAUUUUCCUUACAAGAGAUCACACUUGAAGAAGUUGGAAAACUUCAGAAUGAAUUGAACAUAAUUUUUAAGGGAUGGGUGGAACCAAAUUUGGGUGGUGAAAAAGAAAACACCAAUGAUCUGAUCAAGAAGGAACAUUUGAACAGUGAACAUUCAAGGUUGGAACCUGAAGGAAAAGAAGAUGAAUCAGUUUCUGAAGGUAAUUUGUACCCAAGCAAUAGUCUAAUAUGCAAGGGAAAAGGUAGUUGUUUGGGUCAUAGCCGUAAAAGAGGUGUUGGCAAGAAAUCACUUUCUUUCCUUCUUAAGAAGAUGCUUGUUUGCAGAAGUGGAUUUCAACCUACUCCUUUGCUCAAAGAUCCACUUGCCACCGAGUCCAGAAUGGAGAAGAGUUUGAGGGCAAUACUUCACAGAAAGAUAUAUCCUCAAGGUUCAUGUUCAACAACACCCUCUAUAAAGAAGUACCUGGAAACCAGACCAAUUUCCCAGUCUGAUGAUGACGCCGAUGAUGAUGAAGAAGAACACACUAGUGCUGCAGAGAAUGGAAGUAAAUGGGUCAAGACUGAUUCUGAAUAUAUUGUUCUUGAGAUAUGA